AUGUCCACGACAGACUCCCUGCACAUCCCCUCCUCGACCUCCUCGGUCCAAGUGUCCAUUAUCGACACGACCCUCGAUGGCGAACUCCCCACGGCGCCCUUCAUGGGCCCUGCCAUCAAGGGCUUCGAGAAAUGGCACGGUGUCGGGUAUGCCUUCUUGGUGACCCACACAGACUCGGAGGGGAACGAGCGACGUGUAGUGUUCGAUCUCGGGCUGCCGAAGGACUGGGAGCAUGACUUCUCGCCGCCCGUCAUUGAAAUGGGUAAGAAUAUGGACGCAACCAUGACGGCGCAGAAAUAUGUUUCGGAGAUUCUGACGGAGAAUGGUGUUGAUUUGGGGGGCAUCGAAGCCCUGUUCUGGAGCCACGCCCAUCCAGAUCACAUCGGCCGCCCAUCUCUCUUCCCGCCUUCCACAUCCCUCGUGGUCGGUCCCGGCGUCAAGCAAGCCUACUUCCCCGGCUGGCCAACCGUCCCAGACGCCCCAAUCCUCGCCCGCGAGUUUGAGGGUCGCGAGGUCCGGGAACUCGACUUCGGUACCACGGACCUCGAGAUUGGCGGCCUGAAAGCCCUCGACUACUUCGGCGACGGCAGCUUCUACCUCCUCUCGGCACCGGGCCACGCCGUGGGCCACAUCAAUGCCCUGGCCCGCACGGCGGGGGACAGCUUCAUAUACUUUGCGGGUGACUCUUUCCAUCACAGCUCCCUUUUGCGACCGCACGCCGGCGCGAGAUUGCCCGACGAAGUGCGUCUGCCGGGACUGUGCUGCGCGGGCCGGACGUUCCACGCGAUCCACCCCGUGGCGGGCAACGCGGCGGAGUUGAAGCAUUACAGCAAGGUCAUGGGACCGGCGGGCGGCGACGCGGACGGUAUCGCGUUCCACACGAUUUCCGAGACCCCAGAGGGAGAGACGUUGUUGGCACUGGAUGUGCGCGAGGCGCGGGAGACGCUAGCUGCGGUGAAGAAAUUCGAUGCGAGCGCGGAUGUGUUUGUCGUGGCGGCGCACGAUGACAGUUUAUACGGGGUCAUGGAAUACUUCCCCAAGGGUGCCAACGAAUGGAAGCAGAAGGGGUGGAAGGAGAGCGGGAAGUGGUUGUUUUUGAAGGACUUUGAGAAACCGCUCGAGAUUGCCGGUGCGUCUGUAUGA